AUGAUAGAGGGUAAAGAUGGGGACAAUCCUCAAAAUUUUGAAUGGAAAUCGUUGGCUAGUAUCAUAGUGGAAGAGGGUAAUAUUAGAAUUGAAAAAAAAGAUCAUGUCAAGACCAUAAUUCUCUCGACCCCUUUUAAGGAACGCUCGAAGAAACUAUGGGAACUAUCCGUAGUGAUUAAGGUUCUUGGCAAAAGUGUGGGUUAUAGAGCACUAUGUAUUCGCCUCGAGACUAUCCGGAAUGCCGCUAAGCCUUUAAGAAUAAUUGAUAAGGAAAUUGAUUUUUCCUUAGUUCGAUUUUCAACUCAAUCUAAUAAUUUACAUGCGUUGGUGGGGAUCCUUUGGCUAUUCUUGGUCACCGCCUAA